AUGGCGGAAAUGCCCAUUGUCCUCGACGGAGGAACCGGUUUCCUCAAGGUCGGCUAUGCAGGCCAGAAUUUCCCAGAGCACCAAUAUCCCUCCAUAGUGGGGCGGCCCAUCUUGCGAACGGAGGAGCAAGCUGGUGACAUCGUUGUGAAGGAUAUCAUGUGCGGAGAUGAAGCUGCCGCCGCUCGAUCAAUGCUUCAGAUUAGCUACCCGAUGGAGAAUGGUAUUGUUAAGAAAUGGGACGACAUGCAACAUCUCUGGAACUAUACCUUUUACGACAAGAUGAACAUCGACCCCACAGGUCGCAAGAUCCUCCUCACCGAGCCUCCUAUGAACCCACUUAAGAACCGUGAGCAGAUGGCCGAAGUCAUGUUGGAGGGAUACAACUUUGGAGGCGUCUAUGUGGCGAUCCAGGCGGUGCUGGCACUGUAUGCCCAGGGUCUGAGCAGUGGCGUGGUCGUCGACUCCGGUGAUGGUGUGACCCACGUCAUUCCCGUUUACGAGUCAACCGUCUUGAACCACCACAUCCGCCGGUUGGAUGUUGCUGGUCGCGACGUUACCCGUAACCUGAUCGCCCUUCUCCUGCGCCGUGGAUAUGCGCUGAACCGAACUGCCGAUUUCGAGACCGUCCGUCAGAUCAAGGAGAAGCUGUGCUACGUUUCCUAUGACCUCGAGCUUGACAAGAAGCUUUCGGAGGACACCACUGUUCUGGUUGAGUCUUACACCCUUCCCGACGGACGUGUUAUUCGUGUCGGUAGCGAGCGAUUUGAGGCUGCUGAGUGUUUGUUCCAGCCUCACUUGGUCGACGUGGACCAGCCUGGUAUAGCUGAAAUGGUCUUCAACACAAUCCAGGGCACCGAUGUCGAUGUCCGAUCCAGCCUUUACAAAGCAAUUGUUCUUAGUGGUGGUAGCAGCAUGUACCCUGGUCUGCCCUCUCGAUUGGAGAAGGAGAUCAAGCAACUUUGGCUCACUCGCGUCCUGGGCGGGAACCCAGAGCGUCUUAACAAAUUCAAGGUCCGCAUUGAAGAUCCCCCACGACGAAGACACAUGGUCUUCCUGGGUGGUGCCGUCCUUGCCAACCUGAUUGCCGACAAGGAUGAUAUGUGGGUGUCUAAGCAGGAGUGGCAGGAACAGGGAGCCCGCGCUCUCGCAAAACUCGGCCCACGAUAA